CCCUCUUCUCCUUCACCGCCGCAUCUUCUCCGAGCCCUCAUGCACCGCCGCCUCGCCCCUUCCCUCUCGGCCAACUCGCGCGCCGACUCCUCCCCGAGCCCUCACGCGCUGCCACCCAAAAAUCCACCACGGUCCUCGUCUCUGUUGAGCCACGACCGCCGGACACCACAUCCGGCAAUCUCUUCUUCUCGCGACCUCCCGCAACCCAGUUGUCGGCCCUCACGCAAACGCCAAGAUGUCGUCGGCUCUCCCCUCCCGCGAGCAUCCGGACGUCGACGCCCUCUCCUCACGCCAGCACCCGAGACGAGCCCCAACCGCCGGUCUCCUCCCUUCCUUGCACGUGAGCAGCACAGGCGACGACCUCUUUUCAUUGCCCUAGCGCCAGUAGCCCGAUCUACUGCCACCUCCGGCCGCGACGAGAGCUUGCCAGCAAGUACACCUUUAGUUUGGUUUCCUUCUUGCUGAUCUUGCUGGAUUUGUUGGUGGAUUGAGUCUUGAUUAGAGUUGCUUUUGCCUUUCCCUAUUGUUUCUGGAAUUCCCGGACAGAUUCUGGUAAGCUGCAGAUGAUGAAAAUGUUGAUCCUCCCUUUUGUUUUCAAAA